GACCGGAAGCGCGGCGGCCGCUUCCACCGGAAGUGACGGCGAGCCGGGCGGGGAGGCUCUGAGCGGGGAGCGGGGGAUGCGCGGGCGGCGGCGGCGGCGGCCGUGGGGGUGGCCGUCAUGCUGAGCCGCAGCUCGUUCACCAGUCUGGCGGUGGGGGUGUUCGCCGUGUACGUGGCGCACACGUGCUGGGUCAUGUACGGCAUCGUCUACACGCGGCCUUGCCCGGCGGGCGGCGCGGCCGCCUGCGUCUGGCCCUACCUGGCGCGGCGGCCCAAGCUGCAGCUGAGUGUUUAUACUACCACGCGGUCAAACAUCGGUGCUGAGAGUAAUAUAGAUCUGGUUUUGAACGUGGAGGAUUUUGAUAUUGAGUCAAAAUUUGAAAGGACAGUGAAUGUCUCUGUACCAAAGAAAACUCGAAAUAAUGGCACAUUAUAUGCAUAUAUCUUUCUUCAUCAUGCGGGCGUUUUGCCUUGGCAUGAUGGUAAGCAGGUGCAUAUAGUGAGCCCUCUGACCACGUACAUGGUCCCUAAACCAGAAGAGAUUAAUUUGCUCACUGGAGAGUCAACCACACAGCAAAUUGAAGCAGAAAGACAGACCAGUGCUCUAGAUGAGCCUGUCUCUCACUGGAGAUCAAGGUUAACCUUGAAUGUCAUGGUGGACGAUUUUGUGUUUGAUGGAUCAUCCCUCCCUGCUGACGUUCACCGUUACAUGAAAAUGGUUCAGUUGGGGAAGACAGUGCACUACCUUCCAAUAUUAUUUAUUGAUCAGCUAAGCAACAGAGUGAAAGAUUUGAUGGUCAUAAAUCGUUCAACGACAGAGCUACCUCUUACAGUGUCAUAUGACAAAAUAUCUCUUGGAAAACUUCGAUUUUGGAUCCACAUGCAGGAUGCUGUGUACUCCCUCCAGCAGUUUGGAUUUUCAGAAAAGGAUGCAGAUGAAGUGAAAGGAAUUUUUGUCGACACUAACCUGUACUUUCUGGCUUUGACCUUCUUUGUAGCAGCAUUCCAUCUUCUCUUUGAUUUCCUUGCAUUUAAAAAUGACAUCAGUUUUUGGAAGAAAAAGAGAAGCAUGAUUGGAAUGUCUACAAAAGCAGUGCUUUGGCGGUGCUUUAGUACUGUAGUAAUAUUUCUUUUCCUUUUGGAUGAACAAACGAGUUUACUGGUACUGAUCCCAGCGGGCAUUGGUGCUGUGAUUGAGCUCUGGAAAGUGAAGAAGGCUUUGAAAAUGACAAUCAAGUGGCAAGGCAUACGACCCAAAAUUCAGUUUGGUGCAUCCAAUGAUUCUGAAAAGAAAACUGAGGAAUAUGAUACCCAGGCUAUGAAAUACUUGUCAUAUUUACUCUAUCCACUGUGUAUUGGAGGUGCGGCUUACUCCUUGCUGAAUGUCAAAUACAAAAGCUGGUACUCCUGGCUGAUUAACAGCUUUGUCAAUGGAGUGUAUGCUUUUGGUUUCCUGUUUAUGCUGCCCCAGCUGUUUGUAAAUUACAAGAUGAAAUCUGUUGCACACUUACCCUGGAAGGCUUUCACAUAUAAAGCAUUCAACACCUUUAUUGAUGAUAUAUUUGCUUUUAUUAUCACUAUGCCAACAUCUCAUAGGCUGGCAUGCUUUCGAGAUGAUGUUGUGUUCCUGGUCUAUCUCUACCAAAGAUGGCUUUAUCCUGUGGAUAAGAGCAGAGUGAAUGAAUAUGGAGAAUCCUAUGAAGAAAAGCCAAAAAAAAAGGCUCAUAGGGAAUAAUUAAUAAUUAAAGAUUCUGACCCUGGACUUCUACUGAUUACGUGUAUUAUCUGGUCUUAAGGAAGAAAAACUUAUUUAAUAAGAGUAUUUUUAGAGCUUAUGACAGAACUACAUGAACUAUACAUCUUCUAUAUUGCCAAAAAUCUAGUUUUGAUAUCCUUCUAUUUCAAGAUCCUCCUGUGUCCUCACAAGGUCCACAGUCUGACAGAUGUCAUUAAAUAAUCUUCCUGCAUUUAAGCUCCUCUUCAGUGAAAACCUUAAGUGUCCAGAGCAUUGUAAUUAAUAUCCAAAUCUGUGUUUUUAAGGCAACUCAGUAAGUGGAAGUGUGGUGCCAUGCCACUGUGAAAAGUGAAAAAACAAACCAGUGUGUUACAGCAGAGUCAAGCAUUACUGCCAAACUGGAGGCUGUCAAAAAGAAAAUGUGUAAUUAUUGAACUGUAUGCUAAUUACAAAUUGUCCUAGUCUGAUAACAGAAAUAAUGGAAAUUUUAGAAGUUAUUAUUAAAGUAAUAUGUGGACAUAGAAAGUUCAGAGCUUCAAAUCUGUUGGAAAUAAAUGAGACAGAUGGUGGUGUUAAAAUUCAAAUUCUAGCCAUUUUCUUAGCCAGAAUAUGACAGAGGGUAUCAGUUGUCUUAAAUGGAAUGAAGAUGUGAAACAGCUGUAACAUGAUUUCUUUUAAUGUGUAUCCAAGUUCAUAUAAAUCCUUCUACAUUGUUGACAAACCUUUUUUCUUGCCAUAGUAGGUAUUCAUGUAAUGCAAAUCACUGUUAUGUGCUAGGAAGGUCUCUUAAAACAUCUUAAUUCUCAUAAUAUGGUAUCUGAAUGACAUAAAGGGCCAAUUCCCUGAUGUUUCAAAUUUAAUGAUUCCUUGGUCCUUCCCCUCUUUCUCCUACCCCCAUUGUAUUUAUGUGAUUAAACACAUCAUUCAGGUGGAAUGGCUUUGCUCACUAACUAUACCACACACUUCCUGGAAAAAGGGAAAAAAAACAGCCUGGUGAAGAAUAAGCAUCUUACUUGGAAAUAAUUUAAACAGAAAUAUCCAGAAGGCAGAAUUCUAGUUUGUAGUUCUGCUUUUCCUUUGGCCAUUAACUACAGAGUAACCCUUCAGCUGCUGUGUUAAAUAGUACCCUGUUUGUACAAGGCUAUUUAACUGCUGUUUGCCACUGAUUGAAAAUAUUAAUUGAGUAACUUCAAAGAACACAGAUAGAUUGCAGUAGUCUUUAAGUACUUUAUGAAGUAGAUUUUAUUCAGUUCUGAUACUGCAGAAGUGUUACACAUACUUGAGUCCCAGAAAAAUAUGGAUAUGCACGUGAAUUCUUCUGUCACAGACUACAGUCUUUCUUAUCCUGAAAUCCUUAUGCACUACUGGCAAUGCAAAGGAGUCUUGAAGAGUGAAUAUUUACCUCGUGUUUAUGUUAAGACCCCUUUACAUUGUUAAUUGUAAAUGAGGAGGACAGUAGACCUGUUGAUGUUGGCAUUAAAUAUCCAUAAGUCUAUGCAAAUCUGAGGUUGUGGUUGUUCUGUCUCGAAUUGUUUGGAUUUGUUUGGAUUUGUUUGCUCUUUGUUAAGCAAAUUCAUUGGGGACUCUUAUUUCAUAACAGUAGUAAAAAAUGCAGGGGCGUGAAUACUUUUCCUGAUAUAAAUAAUGCAAACGAUACGUUGCCUUUUUGGUGCCAUUUCAGAACAGUCAAUAACUGAUUCUUCUAAAGUGGCUUCUGAAAGUCCAGAAUACGAUAUUUGGGUAUUUCUCAUGUUUCAGCAUUUAUUUUUUGCAUGCAGCUGUUGAAAAGCCACUCUUGCACCUUUACAUACUGUGAGUUCAUAGGUCUUUUGUCUUGCAUUUCUGGUGACAAUAACCUCAUAAUAUUCCACACAGUAGUCAUAAAGAAUAUAAAAUUAGAACAUUUUAAUUUUAAAAUGAUUGAGACUUUCCUGUUCAAGUCAUUGUUUUAUGCAUUCCAUUUCCAAAUAAAAAAGCCUCGCCAUACGGAAUACAGA